UCUCUUUCUAAGUUGCAGCUCGUAUCCCAUUAAUUACCUAACUGAUCAAAAGAAGAACAAGGAGUGGAGGUGAAUUUGAUCUUUCACAGCUAAUGAGACCCUCCUCAGAACUGCCCAACUUAGGAAGCAGAAUACUCAAUCUCUUAAACACUUGCACCUCUGCAAUCCAUCUCUACCAAAUUCAAGCCCAAAUUAUAGUCAACAAUCUGCAUCCCAACACAACCAUCCAUGCCCACUUCAUCAAUGCUUGUGAAUCUCUAGGUCUUCUGAACUCUGCUCUCCACUUGUUUAAUCAACUCCGGAAGCCACAUGUAUUCAUCUGCAACUCCCUCAUCAGUGUUUUCUCUCAUUCCUAUUCUCCCCAAACCUCCAUCUCUAUUUACACUCGCAUGCUUAAUGCCUCUGUUUCUCCUAAUCACUUCACCUUCCCCUUCCUUCUGAAAUCCCUUUCCGACCUUAGAUAUCUUUAUCAGGGUCGAUCCAUUCAUGCCCAGAUCCUAAAAUCAGGUCAUCUCAAUGAUAUUUACAUUCAAAAUUCACUCUUGAACCUCUAUGCGUCGUGUGGUGAUAUGUGUACAUGCCAACAGGUGUUCUAUGAAAUGCCUCAGAGAGAUGCAGUCUCGUGGACUGUCUUAAUUGCUGGUAAUCGGAAUGCUGGGGAGCUUGAUGAAGCGCUGAUUGCCUUCGAGCGGAUGUUAUACUCAGGUGUGUCUCCAAAUCGUGUAACAAUGGUUAAUGCAUUGUCCACCUGUGCCUGCUCUGGGGCGCUUGAAAUGGGUGUUUGGAUACAUGAUUUCAUAACAAAGAAUGGUUGGGAACUGGAUGUUAUCUUGGGAACCUCUUUGGUUGAUAUGUAUGCAAAAUGCGGAAGAAUCGAUGUGGGGUUAAGUGUCUUUCAAAGCAUGGCUCAGAAGAAUGUAUUCACUUGGAAUGCGCUUAUCAAAGGCCUUGCUUUUGCGAAAAGUGGGAAGGAGGCAGUUUUGUGGUUCUUUAGAAUGGAGGCGGACAGGAUCAUAAAGCCAGAUGAAGUGAGCUUACUUGGGGUACUAUGUGCUUGUAGCCACUCAGGGUUGGUAGAAACAGGAAAACAGAUCUUUAAUUCUAUGGUUGAUGGGAGAUAUGGAUUCUCACCAGGAUCCAAGCAUUACAGUUGUAUGAUCGAUAUGAUGGGACGAGCAGGGUUUCUUGAUGAAGCAUUUGAGUUCAUUGGAAAGAUGCCUUUCGAGCCUACUAAAGUCAUGUGGGGAACCUUCUUGGCUGGUUGCAGAGCCCAUGGGAACUUGGAACUGAGUGAAUUUGCUGGAAGGAAGCUUAUUGAGUUAGAACCAGGUAAUGGUGCUUACUAUGUUUUGUUGUCUAACUUGUAUGCAGAAAUGGGUAGAUGGAGUGAUGUGGAGGGGGUCAGGUUGUUGUCUAUAGAGCUUGAAGUGCCCACUAAGCAUGUAUAUGAAUUGUUGGCAGCAUGAGUGUCAAUAUAUUUAUCCUAUUUUCUUGAAUAUGUAUUUUUGAAGCUGGGUUAGUUGAGAGGUUGUGGGCUUGUAUACCCUUGGAUUCCCCUCAAUUAAUAUGUUUGGACAAAACUCAAUUGAAACUUAAAA